AUACCAAAAAGGUUAAAAAUGUCUCUCCGGCUUCACUCCCACGUCCCUUAGCAAACAAAACACUCUCCGCCUUCUCGUAUACUAUAACCUUCCUCUUCCUUUCUAGGGUUUUUCAAGCUAAAGCGAACAUGGAGAGCCCCAAAUCGGAGACUAAACAGAGCGUUCCCUGCGAUUUCUGCAGCGACCAGGUUGCGGUUCUCUACUGCAGAGCCGACUCCGCCAAGCUCUGUCUUUUCUGUGACCAGCACGUGCACUCUGCUAACCUGCUCUCGCGGAAGCAUCUCCGUUCCCAGAUCUGCGAUAACUGCACUUCUGAGCCCGUUUCUGUCCGUUGCGCCACUGACAAUUUGGUGCUCUGCCAGGAGUGCGAUUUCGACGCCCACGGUAGUUGCUUUGUUUCCGUCUCCCACGAUCGUACUCCAGUUGAAGGGUUCACCGGAUGUCCCUCGGCUUUGGAGCUAGCCUUAAUCUGGGGAUUCGAUCUUGAGGAGAAGAAAUUGGAUGAGCCUUCAGCGCCGUUAAUUGAGAGCUGGAGCGACGGUGGAGUUCAGGAUAUGGUGAUGCAAAUGGAGCCAUGGAUGUGUAGAUCUAAUGCUGGAGUGAGUUAUCAGGAUUUAAUGGUGCCUAAUGAUAAAGCCUCGGCUUAUGGGAAUGUCUGUAAUUUUGAGAUGGUGGCGAUGCCGAAGAGUCAGCAGAGUCCGAGUUGUGGGAAGUACAAGCAGGUGAUAUAUAAGCAGUUGGUGAGGUUGUUAAAGAGAAAUUUGAUGACCGGUGACAUUGGCGGUGGCGGAGAUAAUUUGAUGCCGGAAACACCAAGUAGGAGCGGCUGGCAGGGGAAUGAGGAGGUAGCUGAUUUUGGGAAUGCGAAUGAUGGAAUUAUUGCCGCUAACGUUGCAGGUUCUACAGUUCCUCAGCAACCGUUGCAGGAACAGCCGCCAUUUACAUCCUUGUGUAUGUUGCCAUCACAGAUGGAUCUGAAACCGAGUGGUCGUGUAGCUGGCGAGAACAUAAUGUGGGAUGGUAAUGCCAGUGCUCAGGGUACUCAGAUAUGGGAUUUUCAUUUGGGACAAUUAAGGACUCAUGAAGAAUCAGACCAUUUAGAAGUUGCGUAUGGGUCAAGCGAUGCAGGGUUCGUGAUCAAGAAUAUUGGUGAACUUAUGAAAGAAACUUCAUUCAGUAAUGCAAAAAUGUUUGUAGAUAUGUACCAGCUGGAUUGCCCUAUUGCACAUGAUAAUAUGGCAUUGUUUAAUAACAAAUCAAAUAACCCAACAGCCAGCCAGGGUCCAGCAACAUCUGAGAGCAACAACCCACCUAGAGCAAGGCCAUUAUCAGGCUCAACUUUUGGUAAGCUGAAAAGCUCCAGUGGGGGCAAAGACAUCCAGUUCAUAGACAUGGGACAUAAAAUUCUUGUUAGAGGUGAUGGUAUGAGCACACCACCAGCAACUAAGGCUGAUAUUGAGCUGCUAGCAAAGAACAGAGGCACUGCCAUGCAGCGUUACAAAGAGAAGAAAAAAACCCGAAGAUAUGAUAACCACAUACGUUAUGAAUCAAGAAAGGCAAGAGCUGAUUCUAGGAAGCGAGUGAAGGGUCGAUUUGUGAAGGCUAGUGAUGCUCCUGAUGGGUGAAAUUGUGCUUUAGAUAGAGCUCCUUGUUCUGGCUGUAAAUAUUUUCAGACAAUCCUUCCGUAGUAAAUUUAUAAUUCAGUAGUCCUUUUUUCUUUUCAUUAUCAUCUGUUUGUUGAAAGCAUGCAUGUGUUCAUGCACCCAUGCUCAUUCUCCCCCUAACUGUGGUUACAUUUGAUGUUUUGGCCUAUCACUUUUAACAACAGAAAUGGCAGUGGCUGAGAAGAAGAACUGGUGGCAUAGCAGGCUGGAUGUGAAGAUGGUAGCAGUAGGUCUAAGUUUUGAAGCUGGUGAUUAGCUUAUCCUUCACCCAGCCCGAUUAACGGCUUAACAUGGUAUAACCCAUCAGUCAGUUUUUGUCUCGAGUGAAACAGAAAUGAGUAGGUUAAGAAAGAUGUUUUCUUGCAUGUAAAAUACCGUAACCAGGUCAUUGCAUUUGGCCUUUCUUGGAUUUUAGACACUCCUUGCGGCUUUGAUUGCAAAUUCCACUGUACUCGUUAUAGCCCCCCAUGGCUCUUGAUUCUUUGAACUUAAUGUAGCGAAAACCCAAUUCAUAAUUUGAUUACUGGAUUUCAGAGACACAAAAACAUAAUGAAGAGCACCUGAUUAUUAAUUUUA